UGGGAGGAAGCAUCCCGCAAAAGAGAGGAGGAGAUGGGAGGACGUGUCCCACAAAAAAAAGGAGGAGAUGUGGUGUGCAUCCCACAAUUUGUCUUCCCGAGCGCUGGCUCCUCCUUGCCUGUGGAGACUGUCAUCUGCAGAUGUAUCGGAGCAGCCUCCACCCAACUGGUACCUCUGUAGGCACUCAUCACCCGUUUGCUGUGACCGAGGGGGACAGGAGGCUUCAGGGCAAAGGGGAUGACUGUGCGGGGUCCCCACCAACGCCUUGGGUUGGGUUUGAGGAGGUUCCUUUUGGUUUCUGUUGGUUUUUGUUUCUUAAUUCCAACCUCCCGGUACGUGGCAGCCAUCCUCCUUGUUGGGGAGCGGAACGGCAGCGGCCACAAAGCAAGCCUUUCUCUUGGCCUCGGCGAGCUUUUUACUGGGUUAUCUCUGGGCAAGGGCCAUGGACAGACAAAGUGUUUACUGUCCCUGGGAGAUGGCGAUUACCUCGUCAGCAAAACAGAGCUCCUGCUGCUGGCUCUGGCCUUGACCAGCUUAUCGCCCGGAGAGUUACGGGCAGCACUGCUCGCUUCCCGAAGUUUAUCGCUUCUGCUUCGUGCUGGACCGGGGGAAAGAUGCUCUGGGUUUAGGACAUCAGCGUGGUGGGUCUGAUCCCCUGCAUCCACCGGCUACAGCCAUGCCUGGAUCUUCUCCGUGUGGAGUCUGUCCUGCUCAGCUAGGAGGUGAAAAAUAGGCAAAGGUGACGCCGGGGUCCCCGUAGCCGGCUUCGCUCACGGAGAGGCCAUGGCUGCCUAGCGCUCCCUGGGACCAAGCAAGGUCAGCGGGCCAGAGAUGGCAGCACAGAGGAUCCGGGCAGCCAACUCAGGCGGGCUGCCGCGGUGCAAGUCAGAAGGGACACUCAUCGACCUCAGCGAGGGCUUCACCGAGACCAGCCUCUACGAUGUCAAAGUGCCUUCUCCUAGUGCCUUGCUGGUUGACAAUCCCACAUCCUUUGGAAACGCCAAGGAAGUAAUAGCAAUCAAAGAUUACUGUCCGACUAAUUUCACCACUUUGAAAUUCUCCAAGGGAGACCACCUUUAUGUCUUAGACACGUCGGGAGGUGAGUGGUGGUACGCUCACAACACCACAGAAAUGGGUUAUAUCCCUUCCUCCUACGUCCAGCCUGUAAACUACCGCAACUCUUCCUUGACUGACAGUGGGAUGAUAGACAACCUAUUGGAGAGCCCUGAUGAGGGAGUAAAGGAGCUAGAUCUCCUUGGAGAAUGGACUGAUGUGAAAAGAAACUCUAUGAAAACCUACAAUAACAACCCAUUCUUAAAUGGAGUCCAGACGAACCCAUUUCUGAAUGGGAAUUUGCAAACAGUGCCCAGCUCGGACAAAGAGUCCAACUCCAACGUUGCUGUUGACUUGCUGCUCUUUGACACGGGGGCUCCUACUUCAGCUGUUUCCAGUUCGGCCGCUAAUAGCAGCCUGGGUAACAUUUUUGAUGAGUUUCCAUCCACAGACAGACUGGAUCUGGAACAGCCUGUGAAAAGGGACAACCCCUUCUUCAGAAGUAAACGCUCUUACAGUUUGUCUGAGCUGUCGGUUCUUCAGGCCAAGUCAGAUGCUCCAGCAUCAUCAAGUUUUUUCAGUGGUUUGAAGUCUCCAACCCCUGAGCAGUUCCAGAGCCGGGAAGAUUUUAGGACAGCAUGGCUGAACCAUAGGAAGCUGGCUCGGUCUUGCCAUGACUUGGAUUUGCUUGGUCAAAAUCCUGGCUGGGGUCAGACACAACCGGUGGAGACCAACAUUGUCUGCAAGCUGGAUAGCUCUGGUGGAGCUGUUCAGCUUCCAGACACCAACAUCAGCAUCCGUGUGCCAGAGGGCCACGUGUGCCCUGGGGAAACGCAGCAGAUCUCUAUGAAAGCGAUGCUGGAUCCACCGCUGGAGCUGAACAGUGACAAGUGCAGCACCAUCAGCCCGGUCCUGCAGAUCAAACUCAGCAAUAUGGAGGUGAAAACCUGCAUCAUUCUGGAGAUGAAGGUGUCGGCAGAAGUCAAGAAUGACGUUAUGAGCAAGAGUUUGGUAGGACUGCAGUGCCUGCGGAGCGACAUGAAGGAGGGGCCGUACAUGCCAAUGGAGCUGAGCUAUUCAUAUGGGGACACGAUCCAGGUGCAGCUGGAGAACCUGGAGCCUUGCAUGUACAUCGCAGCCGUAGCUCAGGGGCAGAACAUCCUCUACCCUUACACCGUUUGGGAUUACAUCAACAAGAAGAUCACAGUUGGUGUCUAUGGCCCAAAACACAUUCACCCUUCCUUUAAAACUGUGGUGGCCCUGUUCGGACAUGAAUGCGCGCCCAAGACUCUCCUGGUGAAUGAGGUCACAAGACAGUCCCACAGCCCAGCUCCCGUCGCUCUCCAGCUCUGGGGUAAGCAUCAGUUUGUUCUGUCCCGGCCUCAGGACCUGAAGCUCUGCAUGUUCUCCAACAUGACCAACUAUGAGGUGAAAGCUAGUGAGCAAGCUAAAAUUGUGCGGGGCUUCCAGAUGAAACUGGGCAAGGUCAGCCGCCUUAUCUUCCCCAUUGCAUGCCACAACCCCAAUGAGCUCUCAGACUUCACGCUAAGGAUACAGGUCAAGGAUGACAAGGAUGCUAUUUUGACCCAAUUCUGCGUCCAGACCCCACAGCCGCCUCCGAAAAGUGCCAUCAAACCAACAGGGCAGAGGCGGUUCCUCAAGAAGAACGAGGUCGGGAAAAUCAUCCUUUCACCUCUGGCUGCCACCACCAAGUAUCCAGUUUUUCAGGACCGGCCGGUAUUGAGCUUGAAGUAUGGCAAGCUGCUGAAGACUGUGGUGAGGCAAAGCAAGAACCACUACUUGCUGGAGUACAAGAAAGGAGACAUCAUAGCCCUCCUCAGCGAGGAGAAGAUCAGGUUAAAAGGGCAGCUGUGGACCAAGGAGUGGUAUAUUGGCUACUACCAGGGAAAAAUAGGCCUUGUGCACACCAAAAAUGUGUUAGUGGUUGGGAAGGUCAAGCCCAGCUACUUCUCUGGGCCAGAUCUCACCACUAGCCUGCUGCUCGAGCAGAUCCUGAGGCCCUGCAAGUUCCUGACCUACAUCUAUGCCUCUGUGAGGACUCUGCUCAUGGAGAAUCUCAGCAGCUGGCGGUCCUUCGCCGAUGCGCUGGGGUACUUGAACUUGCCGCUCACGUUUUUCUGCCGAGCAGAGUUGGACAGUGAGCCUGAGCGAGUGGCCUCUGUCUUGGAGAAGCUGAAGGAAGACUGCAACAACACUGAGAAUAAGGAGAGGAAAUCUUUCCAGAAGGAGCUGAUGACGGCCCUGCUGAAAAUGGACUGCCAGGGGCUGGUUGUCCGCCUCAUCCAGGACUUUGUGCUGCUGACCACAGCCGUGGAGGUGGCCCAACGCUGGAGGGAGCUUGCGGAGAAGCUCGCCAAAGUCUCCAAGCAGCAGAUGGAUGCCUAUGAGGCCCCGCACCGGGACAAGACAGGGACGGUGGACAGCGAGGCCAUGUGGAAGCCAGCAUAUGACUUCCUUCUCACCUGGAGCAGUCAGAUGGGCGAGAGCUACCGUGACGUGAUCCAGGAGCUGCACACCGGGCUGGACAAGAUGAAGAACCCCAUCACCAAACGCUGGAAGCAUCUCACCGGCACCCUGAUCCUCGUCAACUCCUUGGACAUGCUGCGGGCAGCUGCCUUCAGCCCACAAGACCACGAGGAUUUUGCCAUCUAGCUCCUGCGGUGACUUUUUUGUCCAAAUCUCAUUUGCUGGGUUUUUUUUUUCUGUGCUCUUUUCCCUCUUUUUUAAGCAGCUGACUUUAAAAAGAAGCGGAGGUUGCUCUCCCUGGAUUCUAAGAGGCCAAAGUUUGCAAGUUCUCCACCAGGACUGGACACCAGCCGGAGACAUCCCUCCUUAAUGGGAAGGCAUCCAGGGAAUGGCUUUUCAUACAGCAUUGAUACGAGUUAAACUAUUUCUUACUAAAAAACUUUGAAGGGGACAAAGGGGCCGGGGCGGAAAUCACAAAACAGAUCACAUUUUUUAGGCAUUUACAAAGUCUAAUUUUUGUAACGAGCAGUAGAAGUUGUAACCACUUUGGGGGGGGGGGGGGGAAGCUGUUGCUGUUUUUUUACAUUGUAGAAAAUGCUUUUAAAUUAUCGUUUUUGAGACAAACGUGAGUCAUGUAAAUAGGUAUUUUAAGAGGAAGCACAGUAAAUGCCCUCCCCCAGCUGCCACGGUCAGGCUUUGGCAGACUCCAAGACGUGACUGUAAAGCACAGUAUGAACUCGGGGUGCCCUCAGCCCAACAAGCAUCUUACACCAAAAAGGAGCUUUUUUUUAUUAUUAUUAUUAUUAUUAUUAUCCACAGGCCCUGUGAUCCAUUUUGUUGAUUUUUGUUUGGUUUUCAUGUCUCUGCAAACCUGCAUUUUCUCCCUUGCGGACAGGGAGAUGCUCAUUGCCUGUGUCCAUAUGCACGGGUACCAUUUUUAACCAGGAAAAGUGGCCGCUGCCCCUCGUGCUUUAUCCCACCUGAGUGCUGCAGGACAUCUGUGGGAGAGGCUGGAGGUUUGGGAUCCAACAGAGACCUUCUUGGGAGGCAGAGCCAGGAGGAUGCUGAGCCGUGGCAGCAAACUGCUCAGGCUGCUUCUCUCCUGAUGCUCCUGCUCCGGGGGAGAGACCAGAAAAGGGAAAGGAAUUGUUGCCAUCCAUUCAUCCCUUUACACAAAAAAAAGGGAAAAGAGAAAACGUUUCUCCUAAUUUGACAUCUGAGCUCACUGGAGAUGCUCCAGAUGCGCUGUGUGACUUAAUGCUCAUUGCCAUUGAUUUGAGAGGGCUUUGUGUGGGGCUCUUGGAGGCUCCUAAAGUCCAAUUUAACUUGUAAAUAGUCUUUGCUAUAAACCUGGUGCCAUCAAGUAAAUAUUUGCAGCACCAAGUGCCCGCGUUUUUCCCUCUAUGUUUUGUAGCUGAGUCUUUUUACCUCCCCUCCUCCUCCCGCUCCCCAGCUUUCAAAUAUUUUACAUGGGAGGGAAAUAUUUUUGCACAGAGAGGUUAUUUUAGGUGCAAAGUCUCUUUAUAGUCAAACCCUGCUGCCACAGAAAGAUUAGCUUACAGGAUGGCUCUCGUGCAAGCGAACCCAAACAAAAAGAGAAACAAAGAAUGGGAAAGGACUCCAGCAGAUUGUGAGGGCGGAACAGUCUCCUUUCCUCUUCCCAAAAUCAUGUCCCCAGGAGCAAUCACUCUCAGUCAACCCCAGAAGAGGCAAAUAGCACCUUAAAUUUCUCCUCAAGGGCUUUAGGGGGAUUCCUAUGCAACUUAAAGUAGCACAGAGAGGGUCCGUCAGCAGCUGAACCCACAAUGCGUCCCCUUUCUCCUUCCCUAAGGCACCCUAAAAGCACAUUUUUCCAUGCAUGGGCAAAAACCUCUUCUGCAAUAAGGAAUGCCUCCUGGAAGAGGGGUCGUGCAGGUAGAAGGGCUGCUUUCCCAUGGGCUUUUACCCAAAUCUUGGCUUUUGCUGCUCUUGGCAGGCCUGGAGCUCUGCAGAACAUCCGCUCCGGGGGCCGUGGAGGUUGUCGGCAGCAGGCAAGGGCAGGAAUUUGAGCCUCCUCCGUUUCAGAGAUGUCCCUGAAGAUUCAGCUCUUUUUUUUUUUAACUCCCCUCUUGUUUUUUCUAUCUACCUCAGGUACUCUGUAUACCCAGCUUAACAUUUCAGCAGCAGCCUCCAGUAACGCCGUGCUCAGCUCGCCGACGGCGUGUGCCCUCGCUGGGACUCACGGGAGCGCAGCUGGCACGCUUAGGGGCCCGCGGGGUGACCGUGCGUUCAUUUGUCCCCGUCCUUGGUCCAAAAUCCAGUCCCUCCUCACGUGCCGGGACGGGGUGUGUGUCCUUCGGAUGCCUUCUGCCCACUAAACGUCAGGCCCUUCUCCAAAAGCCCCGUCUGGGCUUUGCAGUACCACCCUUUGUGCAGUUAUUGGUUGUUGUAUUUACUGUUUAAUGGUCCUUUUUUUUUUCUUUU